AUGACUUCCACCAACAACCCCCCUCUCAUCUCCGUGACUGCAGAUACUGGUGAAACUACUUUUUGUUCCAUCACUAACACUUUUUGGCCCAGCUUUAGAAAAGCGGUCGAAAACGAUGAGGCAAACAUUCGACCUUAUGCACUGAAAUGCGGCCUCUGCACAGAGCUUAUGCUCACCCAACCAAGCCAAGACCGAUAUUAUCGGCACUGCCCUUGGAUCCUCCCUUGUGGACACAUGCUGGGCUACAGCUGUUUGCAGGACAUGGCCGGGGACAUUUGGGGUUUCUUUGACAAGAACAAGAACUUGGCAUGUCCCGCCUGUAAUGCUGACGUUCCAGUCCAUGGAUGUGGCUGCAAGGCUAUGGGAAUGAGAGCUCCUCUCGUCAAGGAGUUCUUUUCCACUGUCCCCCCAAUACGAUCUGAAUGCGGUCUCACGGCUACAGCCUGUGGGAUCUGUGAAGGCAAGUCAGCCUUGCAGAAACUACGCUCAGACGCAGCUCUGGACCCUCCCAUCCUCGAACGAGGACAACGAAUGAAUCUAAGUAUUCGCGUAGAGCCCUCAUCCCUUGGCAUUGUCUAUCAGGACGACCACUACCGGUUGGUCAAUCCCUGCGACAAUCAAGCCCUGAAUCAGAAGACCAUGAAGGGCGGGGAGGUUCCCGAGAUAGUAAGGGAUCGUUGGGAGACCUUUACCAAGGCAUGGUCUGAGCAGGCUCAGUGGCUGUGGUUCUUUCCUAACUCUGGCUUCUUUACCCUUUGUGCCUCUAUAGAAGAAAAAAAGAGGAAGAGGUGUCAUUCUGGGAGAAACUGA